GAACACAACACUUUAUCAUAGGCCGUCUGUGUGUGAUGAACCGAACACCUAUGGAGGCAGAGUAAGAAAAAGUGGAUUUCUAAAUAGAAUUUUCAUUUUCGCAAAAUUACCGAUCAAAAGUGCAGUGCAUGUGAUUUACUUGUAUUUAUUCUGUGUAGAAAAAUGUCUGGAAAAAAGAAAUCUAUUUGGAGUGUGGCGAACAGCAACUAGUGGGCAAAAAAUUAGACUUUAAAAAUACAUCAACCCGUCGCGACAAAGCCAAGAAGAAAAAAGCAAAGCGUAUAUUUUUCCUGUGGUUGGGGCUCUCUCCGCCUUGUAGACGGCCUCAUACACAUCUGGUCGUAAAUUUGAUAGUGUGUGUGCUAAAGAUAGAUACAGGCCAGCUAACGCAGUGUUUGUGUACGUACUGCAAAUAUCUGUACAAAGCAAAAGAACGUAAAUGGUGGCGCUUGAAUUGUGAAUAAAAAGGAAAAUCAGAUCAAAUUUAGUUCUGACUGCACAAAUUGGUGUGUCUAUCACAACUGGAAAUCAUGGUUAAAGGACGCCGAACUCGCCAAACCAACCCCACACACUUAUUCACAUCUUCUUCCGCGGUGGAUGACACUGCAAGCCCUAAACGCAAAGAUUUCAAGUUCGACAAUUUGUCACAUUUCAUGAGCAAUGAUGCAAACGCAUCCUCCCCAAUGGUCCUACGUGGCGGUCGUACCAAGACUAAUGGAAUUGCGAAAUAUUUAACAACCGGCAAACCCUCGGCACCGAUAGAAAGCAGCGCUAGAGCAGCACCCACAUCCCACAGCUUCAUCGAUCUUACCGAAGAAAACACGUGCGAUUCAUUCGACAAUGUGGCCAGCGGUAGCGGAAAUUCCUUGGGAGCGAUUGGCUUCAGCAUGAUCCAAAGCAAUCCGGCCGGUAACAUUUUUCUGCAGGAACCGGUGCUUAGCUUGAACUUUGACAAGACUCCUACCGACAAGUCCCGCAUGGUAAUCAAAAAUUCGUUCCUGGCAACUGAAAUCCAAAGCAAAUUCUCGCCACCUAAAUGCGAUCCGAUGUGGGGCAGUGCGGCCGCGUCCGUAUCGAUCAAAAUUGAAGCAUCCGACUAUGCCCUGGACUUGUCCAAGCCGACGCAGGUUACGGAAAUUGACUCGACGACGUUCCUAAAUCAGGACAGCAACUCUUGUGAUAGCGGUGACAGCGGAGUGGUCAUUCUGCCAACGGGCACUCUGGAAUCGGCGGGAUCCGUUGACGGAAAGCGCCGAAAACCGGCCACCCCACAUCGUAUUCUGUGCCCGUCGCCGGUGAAGAACCCACUCGUGGCUAGUCCGUCGACGGCCCUAGCGCACUUGAACAUCCAAAGCAAGCGGACCACAAGGAGGAACGCAAAGUCCAAGCGAAGGCUUGUCAAAGAGUCAGAGAAUGCAUUGGAAGAUACGGAAGUGACCAAUUCAACCGACAUCAACAUUCUACCAACGACGGCAACCGAGCUGGACAAGAAAAAGCCGGUCCUGAAUGAUUCCGUUAAUCCCACGGCCCAACAGAAUACCAACAACAACCAAAGUAGCAAACAAAGUGAUGUUCCUCCGCCAGUCACGACGAACGUUGUCAAACACGGCGAGGCCGGAGCUAAUAAGAAACUCACCGACUUCUUCCAAGUCCGGCGAAGUGUGAGGAAAACAAAAAAGGAAGUACAAUGGGAACGGGAUCGCGAUAUAGAAAAAGCUAUCCGCGAGCAGCGGGAAUCCGGAUUAAAGAUUCAGAAUUUUGAGGAAAAAGGGCGAGGAAUCGUUACUACAAGGCCUUUUAUGAAGGGUGAGUUUGUUGUGGAAUACAUCGGCGACCUAAUUACAGUGGCGGAGGCCAAAGAGCGCGAGCAGAUCUACGCAGAGGACGACAACACCGGGUGCUACAUGUAUUAUUUCAAGCAUAAAAGCAUACAGCACUGCAUCGACGCCACUGCCGAAACCGGAAAAUUAGGUCGCCUGGUGAACCACUCCCGAAACGGCAAUCUUAUGACAAAAACGGUUUCCCUAAAUAAUCGACCUCAUCUCGUACUGAUCGCCAAAGACGAUAUCGCGGAAGGGGUGGAAGUGACUUACGAUUACGGGGAUCGCUCGAAGGAAGCUCUGCAGCACCACCCUUGGUUGGCGUUUUAGAGGCGAGUGCCGUUCCUUCAAGGGAUACCCAGCCAAGCUUCUUCCUAUUCAAAGCAAGCAGAAUCAUGUUUCAGAGCCAAGUACCCGCCAUAUGUUUGUGCUGGAACCGGUGAGCAUGUUACAGCGAAAUACUGUACGCAUUUUAAUGUUCCUUUUGAUUCCCGAUUAUAAUAGUAUGACAAACAAAAUAGUUCACCCAUACUAGCAGCGAUACCAUUGGGAAGUGAAGCAAACACCUACUUUAUCUCGUACACUAUGCAUAAUGUAAACCUAAGAAAACAGUGAUGCUAAAGACAGAACAGAUCAUCAUUUCAACUCAUUUUGCAGAUAUUUUGCUCUUUAUCGAUGGGAUCUGUUGAAAUGCAAACACUUGAUAUUUUACAGUUAAAAUUAAAAUGACUUCCAUUUUUUUUUUUGUUAUGCUAUACUUUUGUCAUUUCCUGUUUUCCUGUAUGAUGUUUUAUUAAAGAAAAACUUUUCGAUUUUACAAAACUACAGUUAACAUUUUUAUUUUGAUUCAGUGUUGUUAAAUCAAGUCACAUCUCUUAAUUUUCUAUAACGGUAGCCCAAUAAAGCAGAAUCUAGUUUCCCGUAUGCCGAAACGUUAGGGCAGUGCAAUGGAUACUGGACAAAAUGAACCGUUCAAAGGCCCGUAAAUGUUCAUAUGCUACCGUAUGCUUCAAAGAAGGAAACAGCUCCUGAAUCGGCAUCGAGGAAUCGAUUAAGUACUUCGACACUGAUUCUUCAUUAGGGCCUAACUGACAUUUUCGAUUUCUCUUCAUCGAUCCUCUCUUUCUGUUAUUACGGAAAGUGUAUUAAGUUUUUCAAAGAUUUUUUGGUUGGAAUGCGAAGAUGACGACUACAUCUUGCUCUAGGAACAAAAAGAAUAAUGAUUUUAUUUGUUUUGAUCAAGUUAUUAGCGAGAGAGAGUCGACGAAGAGAAAUCGAUCAAGUCAGUUAGGCCCUUAGAAAAAUCAUUGUCGACUUGUCUCAUAAAUCAUAGGGUACGUCCAUAAAUGGGUCUGGUACGUUUGGCAUAAGGCCGUUUGGCAUAAUGCCAUUUGUCAUAAGAACGUAUGGCAUAAAGGACGUUUAGCAUAAUGGACAUUUGGCAUAAAUGACGUUUGGCAUAACAUGAUUUCGGUAAAAAAUGAAUCACAUACUUCACGUAAAAGAAGGAAAAGUAUUCUAAAGAAGGAUAAUACAUUAUAAUGCAUUAAUUUUUCAGGAUACACAGUUAGAAAAAAAAUCACCGACUUCGGUAAUAUUUUACAGAAAUCUCAACCGUUAAGUUUGUUUUACAGGAAAAAUUCGGUAAAGGUAGCAACUUUUACCGAAGUUCGUUAGAGUUUGACAGGUAAACGAUAACAUUUUACCGAAAUUUGUUAUUUUUUUACAGAAUUUCGUUAAAAAUCCAUUACCGAACGCUCAGCGGUUGAGAUUUCGGCAAAAAUUACCGAACGCGAUUAGCUGUGUAUAAUAUGCAGACAAGGAAAAUUUGCUGGAAAGAACCUGGAAUCUAAAUUGCUUGUAUCGAUAAAGAACAGCCUAUAUAUAAAAGAUGGAACAUUCCCCAUUCCGAAACAAAAAUCAAAUUCAUGGAAGCAAAAGGUUAUUUCGAAAAUAAGAGAUCCAAUGUAAUGCACUAACAACAUGUUUGCCUUCUUUUCCUUGAAACGAUCAAAACGAUCAAAUCUGACUAUACAUGUCAAUGAUUGCUCCUCCGUGAUUGAUCUGAGUUGGUACCAAUUUCACUGACAUCCAAGUGAGUAAGGACUGGGACACUCCACUUAUUCUCAAACUGCAAUUUAAGCAGCUCAUACAUUUUUGAUCAAUAACGGCGCCGGCCACGUCCUUAUAGUCAGUUGGGAAGGGAAAGGAAUGUUAGAGUGUGCUGGUUGUUGCUACUAAAGACCGAGAUCACCUCUGCAUCCCCACAACCAGCACGGACUGGGGUAUUUGUUAGACGGAAAGGAUGGGAGAUCUGGGAGUCACCGUUGGGUCGGUGAUGCGAUCCAUAGAGAGGGGAUAUUUAGUGUUCGUGUGGUGAAUAUGAAGGACAAGCGGCACAGUUCGCUUCGGUUGCAUAACUUGUAGGCGUUAUAUACACUGUGCUGUGGAAAUUGGAAGGAAGGGAAACGAAUUUAUGCAACUCGUUUCUGAUUCUAACAAUGGCUAUGAACAUAUAAAUAUACAAGAGUUGUAUAUGUAGAGAAGAGAGAGAGAGAGAGAGAGAGAGAGGGAGAGAGAGAGAGAGAGAGAAAGUGGAUAGAAAGAUACAAAGUAGGAUGAAAGGUACGGGCCAGGGAUUUAAUCCAUGACCUUCUGCAUACGAAUCAGAAGCGGUAGCCACUAAACCACCAAGCUCGUCACGUUUGCCUUCUUUUCCUUGAAGGCUGUUUUUUUUUUAUUUUUUUCCAGAGGGAAAAUAUAUUUCACAUUCUUUAUGCCAAAUGUCGUUGUGCCAGACGGCCUUAUGUCAAACGUACCAGACCCGAUGCCAAACAGUGUUUUUUCAUUAUUGUGUGUUUUUGUGAUUAUGUGAAGUGUUUUUGAAAGUAACAGCUAUCGUUUUAUUAUGAGCCACAUUCUUCUUUAGGCGCUGUCCAUAAACUACAUAGACUCAUUUUUUGGCCAUCUCAGACCCCCCUCCCCCCUCGUAAACCUUUGUUUAUACAAAAUAAUUUUCGAAAUUCGUAUGGAUCGUAGACUUUGACCACACUUUGACCCCCCCCCCCCCCCCCCUUCCCCUUCUCCCCAUAAGAGUCUACGUAUGGACAGGCCCUUUUGACUGUACGUCCCCAUUGCGACUUGGCCUAGCUCGCUUCCCCAGUUAGUGUUCUUUUGACCACUUCCACAGUUGUUAAUUGAAGGGCUUUCUUUGCCUGCCAUUGAUAUACUAGGCUAACCCAGCAGUGGUCGCGUCGUGUACAUACCAAGGGGACGGCAACCUAUUUUUUCACUAUGGAGUUUGACAGGUUGGAUUGUGCCUCCUUACGUGGAGCAUAAAUUUAUGCUCCAGCCAAAAUAUUCAUCAACACUGUCGUGAAAUUUGAAUGUUUACCUUUUUACGAGGGAUAUUGGUGCAAAACGCUUACAUCACAUUAGAUCUCAUAAAAGUGUUGAUCGUGAAAAAGCGGCAUUAAUUGAUAAUUUUCAAUUUCAAAGUGUCGAUGUUUUGGUAAAGUUCCUACAGAGAGUGGGGAUUGCUUAUUAAAACACACACAACACCUCUUUUCGCAAACUUUGUUCGCCAAAGUGCGUUUUUCCUUAUUUUCUCCCGCUGCUGUAUUGAGUGAAUGUUGGUAUUAGUGAGCACUGGUUGCGCAUGAUAAGCGGCAACAAAAUAAGAUCACCGUAGCACCCCCGUGGUACAUACUGAGUACACGCACCAUAAAAAAAAGUACGCUUAUAAUACACAGCGUGUGCGUGCGAAGACGCGACUGCUCGAGGGUUAAUAUUAUUUCUUUAUGUAAUUCAGUAUCAAUUUCUAUUUUGUAUAGGUAUUUUUUUCCGAUAAAAUAGUGGUCUACUUUUCCACAUUGGUUCAUUAUGCAACUGAAAUGAAUUAUAUAGUACAGUACUCAAAUCAAAGCUGUACUGAAUUUUUUUGAAAUUUUAAAAUUUAACCAAUCUCGGAUAUUUAAGCCAACUUGAGACAUUUUUUAACUGUAACUCCAUGUGUUUGCAUUAUUUUCAAUAUAUCUUUAUAUUAUAAAAGAAAAACAUACACAUCGUGACACCGCAGAGCCUAACUUAUAAAAUGCAAAUGCAAAAAAUAGGAUGUAAGAAUAAGUGAUAUGAAGAUAAUGAUGGUUUAAUGCGUUAUCUCCUAACAAACAAGUAUCCCAGAGAUGAAAAAGUUUCGCUGAAGCCGAUUGAAAAGGGCGUAGUAAAAGUACCGUAAAUAAACUGCCAUUUUGUUCCCGAAUUAUUUUAAACCAGGAACUGGAGUUCGUUACACGUUUUGCAGAAUUGUAGUGAAAUUAAGUUAAAUAGUGCUUGUUUUCGAUAUAAAGUAGCUGCAAAUGACUGAUACCGAGAGUGGGAAAACGGCCAAAUAAUCAUCCAUACCGUAAAAUGGCCGUUAUUAUGCAAUUUUAGAUUAUUUAGCGUUUCUGUACUUUCCCACCUUGCUAUGAUUAGUUGGUAUACAAUCGAAUCAAUAAUAGUACAAUAGGAAGAGGAAGUGAAAAAAAAACAACUUGAUAUAAAAGAAAUUGGUUCUAUAUUUUCUUAUUUUAUUUAUUUCGGAUGCGGUCAUCCCAAAUCAUGCUAAGCAAUGCAUCUACAUAAUUUAUUUGAAAGGGAAUGAGAAUAUUUCUGAGACACUGUUAGAUAAAUCCACAGUAAGUAAGAUGGUAAUUAAAUAUGUACGUCUUUUUAGUGGCUUCAGUUCCCUUAGGUUAGUAAGAUAUUCGUCUCUGGCGUAAAACCCUAAAUCGUUUCAGACAAACACCCUAUGGUGUAUAAUGUAAAUAAGUUACAAGUUCAAUACCAAACUAAUUGUAGCUAUUAGGUUGAGUGAUUUUUCGUCUCAUUUUAAUUUUAACGUGUGGAUGAACGUGUUUACUCCCAUUUGAAAGGAAUUUUUGAAUAGAAGAAAGGUUAUUAACCGAUACUAUUUAUAAUAAACCAGUUAAGUGUAUACAAAUACAAACAUAUACUUAAAUACAAAACACCGAUAGUACUAACAUUAUGAAACACGUAACGUAGUGACUAGAUUUGUUAGAACAAAUAUUUCCUCUUACAUAAACGUGUGCGGUGGUGUCUAGAGAUGUCGCAAAGUUUCAAUUAUUCGAUUAGUUUGUAGUAGCUUUUUGUCUUUGCAUCGAUUAAUUGAAUUUAUCGACUAUUUUUUAUUGUAAAUUUUUGAUUGAUCGAUUAGUCAGCGAUUACAAUCUUUUAAUUGAUUAACCGGCUUAAUCGAUUGUUUUGCGACAUCUCUAGCAGUUUACCCUAUGUCAUCCACGAGGCACUAGAGAUCCUAUGUGCACCUAUACACAGCAAACAUGUUAAGUACCCCAAUUAUUAGAGAGGAGCAUCUCGUGUUUGAUUGAAACCGCCUCAGUAGCUAGUAUUUCUUUACGAAACUAAUAAUUAGAUUACAAAGCGAGAAUACGGUUAUGCGCAAAAAAACUGCCUGAUGUGUGUACUAUACUAUAGGGAGCGGAUAUGAAAUGAUGGUGAUGAUGAUGAUAGGUCACGAAAGUGCAAAACUGUAUGAAUUGUCGACGAAGAGAACCGUAGAUGGGAGUAACAAAGCUUUCAGCAUACACCGUUGAGUCGGGUAACAGAGACAUAUGGGACAAUGAAUCAAGUUCUAAAAAUAAAAACAACCAACCGGCAAUCUAAGAAUGUAGGGUAUCUGCAUUGCUUCAAUGUUGGUCGACCAUUGCCGGAAGAAAUAAUUGUUAGCAGGUCUUUUGUUGAUGCGAAGGAAAUAUACAUUGUUAUGAUCAUUGAUUUGAAUGCGAAAUAUGUUUAGAACGUAGAGAUUGAAUAUCAAACAUUAAUUGAACACAGCAAAACAAUAUCGAUGUAUAUUUAUACACUUUAUUGAAUAAACAUUUUGAAUGAAUUA